UUUUGACCCCGGUUUAUUGUUGUAUUAUUCCUCCUUACAUUAAUAAUGGCAAACGAAUUCAAAGUUUUUGUUUACAUGACCACCAUCAUCGGUAGUGGUUAUGCCCUCAUGAAAUACACUGUUCCUGAUGAGGAAGCUAUUAAGAAGCGUUUAGAUCCUGCUUUAAGAAAGGAAUACGAAGCUUUGAAGGUACUCAAUCGCGAAAGAGGUCAACAAUUUAUGGAUCUCAUGCGUGAGGCUGCCGAAACAGAUAAGCCUGCUUGGGAAAUCGCAGAUGAGCAUCUCAAGAGAUUCAACAGCACCAAUCCCAAGUAGAUCAAAAACAGUAUAUCCCCCACCACCACCACUACUAUCACUACCACUACCAUUAUUAUAACUUGCGUCUUUCU